AUGAGGCUGUAUUUGCAGGUGGGCGACAACCUGGAGAGCCCACAAAAAGUCAUUGAAGACAUGCUUCGGCCAGGCGGUCACGCAACGCUUCAUCCAGGAGUUGGAAGCUGCUUCGGCCUCAGACAGGGCAUGACAGCAUCUGCAAAGGUUGUUGCGUGGUGUUGGAGCAGUGAUGCUGUUGCCCAGAGCGCCUUCGGCGGCAAGUACUUCAUCCAUUGGACUGCGGAUCCAGAGACCGAAGAGUUCUUCAAGUUCGAUGUAGUUGACCGAGACCAGUACAAUGAGGCAGCCAGAACUGGGAAAAUCUUGAUCGACAGCGACAUUAGUGCGCAAGAAGAGGGCGUCGAGGCGUGA